AAAAAAAAAAAGAAAUAAGAAAUUUUAGUGUGGUGGUAAUCGUUUAAAUAUAUCUUGUCAAUACAGCACCAGCUUCAGCAACAACAACAUCAACAUCUUCAACACCUUGUUCAUCAACCUCAUCAUAUCACAUAUCACGUACAGACACCUAUGCCUAGCAACAAUCAUCUGUAUCAGGCAGUGAGUUCUGCUGCUUCAGGUGGUGUACUACCUUCCUUUCCCCCUAAUUAUGAGGAUUCAGAAUCUCACCUCGCCUCUGAAGUUGGUAACAGCUCAACUCCAGCUAUUGAACAAUUUGAAAUAGAAGAUGACUAUAUUGAAGGUGGGAUAGAGGAAACACCAAAGGGUUUCCUCAAACGAGCUUCUUUAAUCACUAAAAACUUUGCCUAUAAUUUCAAUAAUAAGAUUAUUCAUCCUGUCACACGCAUAAUAGAUCCUAUAUACGAAGGGUAUAAAUUCCUUCAAGUUAAAUAUGAACAAUCAUUACUUAAACUUGGUAAUCCAUUAGUGGUCAAACGGUUAUUGUAUGUGUUUUUCAUCAUGCUGUUCAUCUAUUUAAUGACAAAAUAUAAUGAUAAUGAUAGUAUUAAUGGUGCUAGUGGUGGAACAUUUACUACUGGGAAAUUUUAUGAUAUUGAUAAAUUAGGACUUUCAAUACGAGAUUUUAUUGAUCCAAAAUCAAUGGAAGAAAAUGUGGAAUAUUUUUCUUCUAUGCCUCAUUUAGCAGGUUCAAUGGGGGAUUUAACUUUAGCAAAAUAUAUUGAAGCUUAUAUGACAAAUAAUGGGAUGAAAGUUAUAGAUUUUAAUGAAUUACAAAGUAAUUUAAAUUAUCCUGUUUUUAAUGAAAAAUCAACUUAUGUUAAACUUUCAGAUGAUUCAUUUAAAGCCACUCUUAAUGAAUUUUCAAAUCAAAAUAUGGAAUUUUUAUCAUUCAAUCCAAAUGCUUUAAAUACAAAUGAACCAAUUGAAGCAACUUAUAUUUAUGGAAAUUAUGGUUCAGAUGAUGAUUUUCAAAAAUUAAUGGACAAUCAUAUCAAUUUAAAAGAUUGUAUACUAUUAUUAAAUUAUGGAGGUUCAACUCCUGAAUCAAAUAAAGUUAGAAUCGCUCAACAAUUACAAGUUAAAGCUAUUAUAUUCAUAUCUCCUCAAUUUGAACAUGACAUAAAUGGUCAAAAGAUAACGUAUGAUGAUUUCAUCUUAAAAGAAAAUGUAGGAUUAACUAGGAUGAGUCCUGGUGAUGUCUUAACUCCUGGUUGGUCCUCAGAAGAUGGUUAUGUAACUAGAUUACCUUGGUUCAGAUCAGAUACUACUCCAAAGAUACCCACUAUUCCAAUUUCCCAUAAAGAUGGUCAUCAAUUCUUAAUUAAAUUACAAGAUAAAGGGUUCAAAUUUGAUGAUGGACAUUUUUCCGGUACUUCUCAAGAUGAUACUAAUAACAGUCCAAAGAUUAAAUUAGAAAUUCAAAAUGAACAAAGACCAACUCAUCAACUUUGGAAUGUAGUUGGAUCUAUACAAGGUAGAGAACAAGCAGAAAAAGGGAUUAUAAUAGGUGCUGCUAGAGAUUCUCUUUGUUAUGGAACUAUCUCAUCCAACACUGGAUCUGCCAUUUUAAUUGAAUUAGUUAAAGUGUUUGCAUCUUUACAACGGAAAUAUAAUUGGACCCCAGCUAGGUCCAUUUAUUUUGUUUCAUUUGAUGCUACCGAAUAUAAUUUUGCUGGAUCUGCGGAAUGGAUUGAAAAUAGAAAAGAUUAUAUCAAAAAGCAAGGAUAUGCAUAUAUUGAUCUUAGUGAUGCCGUUAGUGGUGAUCUAUUAUCCAUUAAAUCUCAUCCAUUUUUCCAUAAACUUAUUAAAAAGACACUUAAAAAAAUCCAAACUGAUGAUCCAAAUAAUAAAGUUGAUUUAUAUGAACUUUAUAAACAACAACAUAAUGGUAAAGAUGACAUUUCUAAUAAUUUAAUAGAACAAAAGAAUUAUAUCCCAUUCAUUAAUUUAGUUAAUGUUCCAGCUUUAGAAAUAAAAUUCACCGGAAAGAAAUAUCCAAAGAAUUCAUGUUAUGAUAAUUUUGAAAAUUUUAAAGCUAUGGAAAUCGAUCCAACCAUGACAAAACAUAAACAUAUACUUGAAAUCAUAUCACUUUUAACUUUAGAAUUAGCCGAAUCUCCACUUAUACCGUAUGAUUUCAUGGGAUUAGCUGAUUCUAUUACUAAAUAUCAGUCUGAUUUAGAAAGAUAUUUCAAUGAUAUUGUUAAAAAGAUGAAUAAACCAAAUGUACCUCAAAUGCAUUAUGAUGCCAUCACAAGAGCCAAUAAUGCCUUAAAGACAACCGCGAGAAGAUAUGAAGAAUGGACCAAAAGUUGGGAACAAUAUAUUCUUGAAUCUACUGGAAUUGAACCUUCAUUAUUAGCCAUGGAUAGAUGGAAAUGGAAUGAUAAUAUGGUUGAAUUCAAUCAACAAUUCAUUGAAAAAGAUGUUAAACCAAGGCGUCCAGGAUAUCUCAAUAUGUUAUUUGGAGUCCCAUAUGCCGCACCAGAAGUUGAUGAUGGUAAAUAUGAAUGGAAUACUUUCCCAAGUGUAAGAGAUUAUGGUUAUGAAGGUGAUUUUGGUAGAGCUCAACAUGAAAUUGAUCAUAUAUCAAGUAUAUUGAUGAAUGCAGCUGAUAGGUAUAUCGAACUAUAGAGUAUAGGAUAUAUAAUUUACUUUUAGAACUAAUAUAUAUUUAUUUGUAAAUAUUGAAA